GUGGUCGAGCACAGCAUCGUUUCGAGUGCUCCGAUUCAAACGCAUCGUUCAGGUGGUGCAUCCAGGAUGGCGUUCAACGGAGACGGUCCGCACUCGAAGAGGCAAAGGCUCGAGGAAUCGGGACACAGGAAUCACGAGUAUGGCGGGUACGGAGACGAGCCACGUCGUAAAAGAGAAGACAAUAACAAGCCGAAUCACGUCCUCCUCUUCACAAUUAUCAAUCCAGUUUACCCCAUCACUGUGGAAGUGUUGCACACGAUCAGCACACCCAGCGGGCAAGUUCAGCGCAUCGUAAUCUUCAAGAAGAAUGGCGUACAGGCCAUGGUUGAGUUCGACUCGGUGGAAUCUGCAACCAGAGCGAAAGAGACACUACACGGAGCGGACAUAUAUUCCGGCUGCUGCACACUAAAAAUCGACUUCGCAAAGCCGACAAAGCUCAACGUCUACAAGAACGACGCCGAGAGCUGGGACUACACAACGCCGACGCUGGGUUCGACCACACACAAAAACGACGCGACAGGAAAUGGAAGGCCGGCACCCCUUCUGGCCGAACCGAGAUACGGCGCCGCACCUCAGCCGUACGGUUUCAUUGCGGGAACGGAAGUGCAACAGCCAACAUGUAUCCCGCACGUUGAUGCUGAUGUUGAUGCUCGUAUCGUUCCAGGCUCCACGCCACAGGUCACUUUCCCGCCCGGCGCCGGUCACGAUCGUUAUGAGGAGAACUUCAACGGACCAGCGACGUACGCGGAGCCCUACGUCGAGCGUUACGGCAUCAAGAGUGAUUUCAGCGGCCGCGAGCCGUUACAUCCCACGCCGCCACGGCCGGGCUACGUGCCUACCCUGGGUCAAACACCACCCUCCAGUACGCAGGGCUCGGUGAUGAUGGUGUACGGGCUGCAGCCGGACAAAGUCAAUACCGAUAAGCUCUUCAACCUGUUCUGCCUGUACGGCAACGUGACGAAGGUCAAGUUCUUGAAGACGAAGGAAGGAUGCGCCAUGAUCCAGAUGGGCGACAGCAUAGCUGUGGAACGAUGUUUACAGAACCUGAACAACGUCACGAUCGGAAUGGACGGCAGACUGCAGCUCGGUUUCUCGAAGCAAGCCUUCCUCUCGGACGUCACCAAUCCUUACAUUCUACCCGAUAAGACAGCGAGCUUCAAAGACUUCACAGGAAGCAAGAAUAACAGAUUCUUGAACCCCGCAAUGGCCAACAAGAAUAGGAUACAGCCACCAUCGAAGAUAGUGCACUUCUUCAAUACCCCGCCAGAUCUGACUGAAGAGACGGUAAACCGGGUGUUCGUGGAACGUGGCAUCGAGGCACCGACGACGGUCAAGCUGUUUCCGCUCAAGUCUGAACGAUCGUCGUCCGGCCUGAUCGAAUUCAGCAGCGUCGGUAUCGCGGUGGCCGCUAUCAUGGAGUGUAAUCACACUGCACUCGAAAACAGCAACGGCAAGUUCCCCUACAUCAUGAAGCUCUGCUUCUCGUCGUCGCGCACCAUACCCACGAGCUUCCCACCUAGCAGCGGUAGCGCGUCAAGCAAUUCCGCCGGUAAUGGCCACGUUAAAAUGCAGCAGGACUCGGAAUAGAACGGCGAGGUCCAGGGCCAGCAGCGUCAGCGCCAGCGCCAGCGCCCCUCACUCGCCCUGCAUCCAUUAUGUGCCCCCGCGACAGCGGGCACGGCCCUGCACCCCGCAGCCACAGCGAUAACACUGUCCCCGGUCCUACCGCCACCGCCGCCCGUACCGCCGCCCCUCCCGCCACCGACCUGCCUCCUGAUAGCCACUCCAACCCUCUAUCCGACUGUGCCGCCACCGCCCCCGCCACCGUUGCCCACUUUCUGGCCCUACUGAUAGGCGACGGGCCUGUCUGUCCGCCGGGCGAGUGAGAGGGACGCACGCGCGCCAACGAGAUCGGCCGACGGACCCCGCGAGGAGAAGAAGAGGCGAUCAGGACGCGUUACCGCGACGGAGAACGCGCGUCGCGAUAGUGUGCGUUUCCGAUCGAACUAAUGGCUUCGCGAUUCCCCGCGAAAGUCCACCAAUAUCCGGUGGAGUCGCGCGUACUACGCGUCGCCCUACGAGUUUUCUUGUAGUUGUCGAACGUCGUCCGGAGAACACUCCAUGGAGCAUGAUGGUGCAGACUGGUGUCGGCAUGUCCCGCCAAGGAUAAUUGUGGAGAGGUGGAGUCAGAGUCUCGGGGAGACUCGCUGGGGAUAAACGCAACGAGAACGACGACGUCGCUGGGAUCCUUCACGAUCCUCCUGGAUAACCGGCCGGAGACUCCUGUAAAUAGCACGGAGACCAAGAGCGGCCUCCGUCGCGCAUACAUAUCAAGGGCCUGGAAGUAAAUCGGUGCGCCUCGCGAGAGACCAGACGUGCGCGAUUCUCGAACGUCGGGGAGGAUGUACGAGACGCGAACGAUGAAGGAUUUUCGCCCUGGAAGAGUGAGAGCCAUCCCGGGAAAGCGGGACCGUACAUCCCGUGGGGAGACAUGGAUCAAAAAGGAUCGAGUUGCCGACGAAAAAAACGAUCUGCGGAGGAUAGAGGAGCCUCUUAGGACAGUGGAGAGGAUAACACUCCAUUAGUUAAGGGACAGAUCGAAGGAGACGGAAUGGUCCGAAGUGCUGGGUGGGAACCCAGUUCACGGAAAAUCGAAGUCUCGGGAGGGGAACGACGAAGUUUGAAGACACUUCUCGGCAGAGCAAUCUAUCAGAGAAGGAGCGGUUGGGAAGUGUCAGAGCUUUCUCAGAAACGGAAGGGUACUAUCGGCAGAUGGACAACUCGAAGUAGGUAUGGUAUUCGUCAACGUUGGUGGAACGGCUCGAGGACGACACGGAUCCAGGAAGUCCAGUGUCUCAGGAAGAGGAUCCGUCUGCGAACGGCGAAAUUUCCUCGGAAGUGGAGCGGCGACGGAAACUCUUCCACGACAGAAGAAGAAAUUCAAGGUGCAAAAUCCUUCUUGCUGGUUGCUCGCGAAGCAGACGGGUGGGCGCUGCUUCCGCGCAAAGCCCGGACGUGUAUAUGGCGUCCCGAUCGCGACGAUCUCACGACGAUCGCGACGAUCACGGGACGCUCUCUCGCUCGCUCGCUCGCGUUUUACGGUCGACUCACACGACUAACUGGGUGGGACGCGUGUACUCUUUUGUCACGAUGAUACACUUAUUCCGAAGUCGAGCCACGCGGCUUCUCGACGACCAUACUCUAUGGGAUCCAAUAAAUGAAACCGGAGAUUUCUCAGCGACCACUUAAUUAAAAAACAAAAACACGGGAUACAAUGUUAGGAGGAGAGUGUUCAGAGGAUGAUCUGAAUCAAUCGUGCUCCGAGAACUAAAUCAUCUGCGGAAAGAUGCAGCGCCGCUUCGAGUGCCACCGGCACUCCGCUCCGCUCCGCUCUAUCAUCAACCCGCGAUAAGCUUCGCGCGAUGUUCCUUUUCUUUCGUGUUUUAUCAUUUAUCUUGUAUUUUGUGCGUCUUUCUUUACUGUUACAAUGCUGUCUACGACAGUGCUCGUUUUAAUAUUUGUCCGAAUAAUUUGCACUGUUCUUAUAAACGACACUUUAUACUUUUAUAUACAGCUAUUAUACAUGGGAUGGCUAUUAUACAUUUAUUGAAUACUUUUCAGCGGAAUUUACUUAGAAACGUUUUCGAUUUUAAUUAAAUUUUAAUUAAAAAGUGUCUUACGACAAUUGACAUGAAGCAAUUUUAAAUUUUGGACGUGCAGCUCUGCGAUUGUUGAAUUUGUUUCUUAACAAACGGUCGUUAAAGAACUCGAAAAUCUUUUUAUUGAGGUCACGAUCGUAUCUGUAUAAAUAUAAAUUAAAACUCUGAUAAAAAAUUCAGAUAUAUUUGUAUCGAAAUAUCUUUAUACAGAGAUUUUUUUAUUCAUGUCACGAUCGAAUCUGUAUAACUAUAAAUUAAAACUCUGAUACAAAAAAUUCCAAUAUAUUUAUAUCGAAAUAUAUUUAUACAGAGAAGAGAAUAAAAUUUGUUUUAUGUAUUUUACUUAUUUUAACAAAAUUGCAAGUGUUUACUUACGGAGGGACAGAAUCAAUAAGAUCCUUGAUCCGGAUUAUUCAGAUAAAAGUGAGCAAAGAAUGUUUCGAGAUUGUUGCUCGAUCUUCGUCGCACGAGGCUUCUCGCGGGCCUUAAACGUUAACAAUAAAGUCGUCUAGACUGCUAUCAAUUAAGAGAAUUAAAUCGUUUCCACACUGUUCCCCCCGCUCACACUUCCGCUUCUCCAAAUCGAAUACAUGAACGAAGGUAUCCCCCGCCCCCGCCCAAGCUGUAGUGUUCAGAUUGCGACGAGAGACGACGAAACGUGUCGUGGUGCCCGUACGCACGCAUGCACGCACGUACGCACGCACGCACGCACGCACGCACGCUCGACGAGCGCUGCGGCACUCGUACACCUUUGAUCAGAUCGCGGAUUGCGAAUUGAGAAUUGAGAAUUUUAUAUAUCGAAGCAAAGAAGAAAAAAAGAAACAAACACACACGCCCACACACACACACACACACACACACACACACACGCAUAAUAAAAAACAAUGAAGUCGGCGACACACAAUAUAUUAGUGCCCCCCGGUAAUAUUUUGUCGGGCCGAGGGGCGUUUUUAUAAGAAUGGUUUUAGAUCUCCGAACAAAUUUUGCGAUGCGAACCAAACGACUCUACUCUACUAAACUAAAAAGUAAAAUAUAAAAUAGACUCUUUUGUGUGUGUGUGACUCGGCCAUACGUAACGUAAGAUAAUAAAAAGGGCCGAGACGCGCGCGCGUCUUUUGAAAUGCGUGAGAAUAUAUAUUGCCGCCGUUUUGUCCAUUGCCCGUGAGAGAAAGUGAGAGAGAAAUAGAGUGGGAGAGAAAGGGAGAGAGAGAGACCUGUAACACAAAUGAGAUAUAAUUUACAUAAGAAAACAAAGUUUAUAUUCGAGGCAAUAUUUGUUACAAUACAAUACACCCCUAGGGGAUAAGUUGCGUAUCGUUAAAAAAAAAAGAAACGGGGCUUCGGCUGGCGCAAACACGCGAGGACGACGGCGACGCUCCUCGUCGGCGAUCGCUGAUGGCCAGAACGAUGGUCGAUCGGCAUGCUGAAACUGUGUUUGUCGAUCGUGAUGAACGAUGACGUAUCGACGUGGGGAGAAACGCGCGAAAGAGCGAGGAAUAAAAAAACAA